AUGCCAGAAGUGAUGAUUCUCAGCUUCUUCUUGUCCGAGAAGGCCUCGCCACUGGCCAGCGAGGGCCGUUCUCUCCUGGUGCCUGCGUACAUCAUCGGCGCACGGAGGAUCUUCGGCGGCUUAGAUGGCACGUCCCGGGACAUCGGGCCGGAGAAUUUCAACCAAGGAAAGCCGGAUGUGAACCUGGAUGUGCCUCUGACCUCCGACCUGGUUGAUAUCGAGGUGGGCGGCAUGAAGACAAAAAUCGGCAAGACGAGCCCCUUCUUAGGCUUCCAGAGCAUCAACCAGGAGUCGGGCUUAGCGCAGGAUGUGCCGUCGGCCAGGAAGAACCAAAAUCCGAUUCAGUUUGAGACGACCGGCGAGUACGGCUUUGAAGCCCAGGUGAAAGCCUGGUACAAUGCCGUGGCUCUGGACGCCUGGCAUCCGGAUGUCCAGGCCGUCCUGAAGAAGACAGUGCAGGCCAUUGGUAGUGGCCCGUGGGGCUCAGGAGUCUGGUGGGGCAACAGCCAGAUUUUUGCAUUGGUUGCGUGGAUCGGGCAAGCUUUGGCGCAGGGCAGCUGGGGGCGGGACAUGCCUCUGGACUACUACGUUUACUCCAGCUUCACGGAGAACCCUUCGAACCAGUGCCUGGUUCAUGCCAAAGCAGCCUGCAGUGCUUGCCUGGCUGCAUGUGACAACUCCGGCUAUGCAGGCUCUGGGAACAACCAGCGCUACUGCUGCAUGGAGCCGGAACCAUGGAUCCCGUCGGCCGGGCUCUUCGAUGGGAAGGCAUGCCUGCCCUCUGAACUUGCUCCCUCGCUGUGCGGCGUGCACGGCUUUGGAGAGGUGUACGAUGCAUUCCGGGAGUCCACUGUGGGUGAAAUCUGGGACAAAAUCAAAACUGCUGCAGCUGCUCUGCGCGACAAUCCAGAGGAAGCGACCCUCUUUGACAAGAUGCUUGCUUAG